AUGCGUUCACGUCAACGUUAUUGGAUGCUUUAUUACCGAUUAAUCAUGCAUUACCGAAAUUAUGUUUCAGCUGCUACUUUAUUAUGUUCAUUUAUAAUUUUUUCCUUAAUAUUAUAUUUAUCUUUUUAUUAUUUACAUUUCCUAGUAGCUACUACAUUAGCUGAUUUUACUAGAAUUAUAUAUCCAGUUGAUCCUAAGGCUCGAAGAAUAAGAGGAGAAAGUGUUGAAGAUAGAAAAUUAAAAUAUCGUGAAUUUAAUUAUUUGAAACCUAAAACAUUAACAUAUGAAAAACGAACUUAUUCAAAUAAUAUUGAUAUAUUAUUUCGUUUACCGAAGAAAAUUCGUCCACAAUAUUUAUUAUUAAUUUUUCAUGGUUGCGGUCGUUCAGCACAUGAUUGGUUUCAUACAACUGAACGACAACGUAUAGUUGGUGCUGCACUUGAUCUUGGUUUUGCUUGUUUAGUAUUUCAAGCAACAGAUAAAUUUACACAUUGCUGGUCACAUAAUGUUGAUAUUAAUGAAAAUGUUGAUGCACAAAUGGUAUUCAAAGGACUUGAAGGAUUUUAUAAAGAAUAUCCACAACUAGAAAAUUUACCACGUUUUACAUUCGGUGCAUCAAGUGGUGGAAUAUUUUCAAGUAUAUUUGUUACUAAUCAACGUUAUCGAAUUCAAGGACAAAUAUUAUUUAUAUCUAUUAUUCUUCCUGAAAUAUUAGAAAAACAUGUUAAAGCAAAAAGUUAUCCAGCAACUGCUUGGAUAUAUAUGUUACGUGAUGUUGAAUUUGCUUCGGAAGAACGUAUAAAUGCAUCAAUGCGAAUUUUUGCUCGAGAAAAAAUUCCUCAUGCCAGUUUUGAUAUUGAACCAAUUGCUUUAACACGAACAAUAUUUCAUGAACGUAUUCGAACAAUAAAAAAAGAAACAGCACGUUAUAUUUUCUAUCGUUUCGAACAAAACGGUUGGUUAGGUACAUAUAAUUAUUUAAGAUAUAAUCCACGUCGUAAAACGACAUGGCAAGAAUUCUUAUUUACACCAAAUAAUAGUUCAAUGGAAACAAAAGAGAUUCUUCAAAAUAUUCAAGAAAAUAAACAUUAUUUUCCAGAUUUUUUAAAUACAGUAUAUGGCGAACACGAAAUAAGUUAUGAACGAUCAUAUGAAGCAUUAAAAUGGCAUAAAAAGAUUUAUCACACUAGAGGCAAACAUUGA